AUGGCAGACACAGUCAUAGAUAUCGUCGCGGGGGCGAUGGGGGGGGGCGCUGCACAGGUUCUAAUUGUCAUCCAGGGCACUGUACCACCACUCCUCGGAGUCGGUACCUGCGUCAGCAUUCAAUUUGGUGAAUUUCACUUAUUCAGUCAACAGUUUAACAACUUCAACAAGCAGCAACAUUCUAACCAUAAAGGCUUCUUAUCUCUUGGCCAGGUCUACCUAGCUGGUGGCUUAGCCGGUGUCACUCACAGCGUCAUAUCUGGCCCAAUUGAGCACAUCAGAAUCCGACUUCAGACACAGCCCCACGGUGAGAAUAAGCUUUAUUCUGGGGUAUCCGACUGCGCGAGAAAGAUCUGGCAACACCAGGGCAUCUCAGGCAUCUAUCGCGGCCAGGCCGUCACCAUUAUUCGCGAAUUCCACGGCUACGGAGUCUGGUUCGCCGCGUACGAGGGCCUCGUCCAGCAUGGCGUAAGGAUGAAGGGUAAGAAGCGAAGCGAGAUUGAGAACUGGAGGUUUGUCGUGUGCGACGGUCUUGCUGGAGAGCUUCUUUGUCUCCUGAGCCAUCCUCUUGAUGUCAUCAAAAGCAAGAUGCUUCACGAUGGGUUUGGUAACGACCAAAAGUACAAGACCAUGCCAGAGGCUAUUCGACAGACUUGGCGAAUCGGUGGUGUCUCUGGGUUGUUCGACGGUAUUGGUCCUGCGCUACUGCGAGCUAUGCCAGUUUCAGCGGGAACGUUUGCGACGUGA